AUGCUACGGUUAGCAGGUUAUCGAUCCUCCAUCACCGCCGAGAGGCGCCGCCGCCGUCGCGUCCUCAUGGACAAUGGCGGCCUACGCCGCCGCCUCAAACCAAGCGGCGCCAUGGAGGGGAAGAGUUCCGCGAAGAAGAAGGCAAGGACGACCACAUCUCCAGAGGAGGAAGCAGUGCCCGCGGCGGCGGCGGCCAGCCUCCUGACGGACGACCUCAUCUUGGAGAUCCUCUCCCGCCUUCCCGCCAGGUCCGUCCACCGCUUCAAGUGCGUCUCCCCGGCCUGGCGCGACCUUAUCGCCGACCUCGCCCACCGGAAGAAGCUGCCCCAAACCCUCGCCGGCUUCGUCUACAGCACCUACGACAGGGUCGACCCACGCUUCCAGCGCUUCCACUUCGCCAAAGUCUCCGGCGCCGCAGCCCCGCCGGUGGACAUGUCCCUCUCUUUCUUGCCACCCGACGAGUAUUGGUAUGUCGACCAGCUGGACACCUGCAAUGGCCUCAUCCUCUGCCGCGCCCACAUGCUCCCUUCUUCUCCUUCCGGGGACGAGAAUACGCCGGUUGAAUCCCAUUACAUCGUGUGCAAUCCGGCCACCGGGAGGUGGGUCGACCUCCCCCCUCACCCCGAGGUGCCACCCGGCUGUCGCAUCUUCGCUCGCUUGGCUUUUGAUCCAGCAGCCUCGUCCCAUUUCCACGUUCUUCAGUUUAAUGACAGCCAGCAGAAGGAAUACGUCACAGGAGUGAACAUCUACUCAUCUCAAACCGGGGCAUGGAUUUGUAGAGAAAGCCGCUUGGUUGAGAAAAUUAGCCUGUUCACUGGCCUUGCAAGUGUCUUCCUUCACGGUAUGCUGCACUUGCUUGGUUUACUGUAUCCCAUGAACAUGGAGGAUGAUGCUGUGCUGGUAGUCGUGGACAUGGAAGGCCAGGUGUGGAACACUAUCCCUGUGCCGUCGGGUGGUUUGAGUUUCGGUAGAAUUGGAUUGUCACAGGGGUGCCUGCACUAUGCUACCACACCGCUAGCUACUGACGACAAGAAGAAGAAGAAGAGGAAGAAGAAAAAGGAGGAUACAUCAACAGUCUGGUGCAUGAAGGAUCAUGAUAGUAAAGAAUGGGUCUUGAAGCAUAGUGUCAGCAACGAUGAGCUGCGGAGCAUAACUGGUGUGGACUACAAAGUGGCUGCUUUUCAUCCAGACCGUGACACCAUUUUUCUGGAUUCAUAUGAUGUUGAUACAUUGGUAUCAUACGAUAUGCAGCAUCGGAAAUUCCAUCAAAUCCAUAGUCUUCAGGAAAACCGGGCAACACUAUUUGUACCCUUUGUUCCAUUGUUCUCAGAUUCAUUUGCAGGUGCAGAUGGACAGUAG